AUAAGCGAUCUUCACCUGAGAAUUAACCAAGCAAAAAAAUGGAAGGCAUAACAUUGAUAAUAGUGAUGAUGUCAAGCUUAAUGUUGGGAGGGAAAGGUCAGCAGAUAAUUAGCACGCCGUGCACCUCCUCCAUGAUCUCUACCUUUACUCCAUGUCUCAACUUCAUAACCGGGAGCAGCGGCGGCUCCCUCACUCCCACUGUCGGCUGCUGUGACUCUUUAAAGUCGUUGACCAGUACCAGCAUGAACUGCGCUUGCCUCAUCCUCACCGCAAAUGUGCCGCUGCCUACUGGCUUCAUCAAUCGGACUCUCUCGCUUGCUCUCCCUCGUGCAUGCAAAAUGAGCGGUGUACCUGUUCAGUGUCAAGCGGCGGGGACUCCUCUGCCAGCGCCAGGUCCAGUGCCAUUUUUGCUAGCUCCACCACCGCCUAUGUCUGCUUUUAGCCCCGGAUCAUCUAAGGCAGCGGCGACAGCUCCUGAGCUGGCACCGGAUGCUCCCUCGAAUGGACCGAUGGGCCCCACAGCCACACCAGGAAUUCGGCCGGUGGUUCAGCCCUUGCAACCAACCAGCCUCGCGCAAUAUUCCACCUCUCCUUUUCUUCCCUUCCUUUUCUUUCUCUCCACUCUUCUCACUUUGUUGAAUUCGUAAGCUAUACGGCUCGUCUCCGUACUCAAAAUUGUUACCUUUAUAUAUGUACGUAUUGGUGGUUUCAUAUCUAUUCAUUGUUACAGUUAUGAUCUACUCGCUAUUUCAUCUCAAAGUAUACGUUGCACUA